AAUUUGCCGUCAAAAAAUAUGUCAACAUUAUGUUGUUAAGUAAAAAGGGAAUUGCACACACAAAUUUCAAAAAGAAAAAAAAAACUAUUUUGGUUAAAUUGUCAUGAUUAUUUUGUGAGAUAAAUUUCCCAAAAACAUUUUAAAACAUGAUACACACCUUUUGAUUGUAUUAUCUUAUGUGGAAAUUAGAGAAGAAGCACACUACAAAAGGCUUCUGGCCCGUUCUUCUCUUAUAAGCCCAACACUUUAUUGGUGUGUGUGUGUUUUUAAUAGCAUAUACCACUAUUUAAUGUAUUAUAGAUUAAAUACAAAUAUUUUUUUAAAAAAUUAUUAGUUAUUAAAAUAAAAAUCCAAUGUAAAAUAAUAUUUUUUUAAUUAUUUUUUUAAAUCACAUUCAUUAAGGAAACAUAUGAGUAGAUUAUUAAUUUCAUGUAGCCAAGUUUUGUAGGCAAUUAGUGUUCGGCUAAACUCAUAAGCAUUCCACGUAGAGAAGUUGGAAUUUGUAAGUGUUGUUUAUUUUGGAACAACAAACGAGUUGGUGUUUGACUUCAAUAUCUAUCUCACCAACUUCGUGAAUCUUUCAAUGGCUAAUUUGUUUUUUUACACUAACUACUGUUAAUAUCACGUUGACCUCAUUUAACAUAUUCAGACUUUGUUCAUUCUCCAUGUGCAUGAGUUCAUCUUUGACUUGUUCGGACUAGAGGAUUUGUUUCUGAAUUCCAUUUCACUUGUGGAAUAUAUCAUAUGGUCAUUGAAGACCAAUGUUUCACAUAUCAAUAAAUAAACUACACUACUUUGUUUUUUGUUAUCUUUACCGACGAUUGAUGCACAAAUACACACAUGUUAAUCGUUGCAAAGUUAGUUUCGACAUCAACUAUUGUUGUAUAAUUCCUAUUUGAAUAAAAAAGACAAAGAGAUUCCAAAAGGCAUGAAUGGUUUGUGUGACUAAUUUGAAGAGAUAUUUCACUAGUUUGACCAGAGCAUAAUUAACUAAUUGUUAUUGUAUAUUAAUUCCAGUAGAGAAAACAAAUCACUCAUCUUAUUUAUUGAUGCUUUCACACUUCCAUUGUCAUUGUUUCAAAAGUCAUUUUAAAUAGUAUUUUUGUUGAUAGUCAUCUUACAUAAGAAAUCAUUUUUAGAAGAAACUUAUAUAUAACGCAAAACCCAAAGAAAUUAAAGCAAUUUUAAGUGACAUAAAAUGAGGUUAGUGAAAAAUGUAUGUCUUUAAACAAACUUUUAGAGAAAAGAUGAAAAGAAUAAUAAUACUUUACGGAACACUUGUGUUCUCCACUUUGGAGGAAAUUAAAUUGUUUAGAAUAUAAGUUUGAAGCUUUUUAUAAUCCUAAAUAAUACUUUAUGUUCUCCAUUAGCUUAAUUCUCUCUCAUAUUAUAUAUAACUUCACAUAUUUGCGUUCACAUUUAACAUUCCAUGGUGUGGGUCAAUAAAUUUAUAUGUAAUAUAAAGUACAUUGAGAUUAAUUAGUAUUAGAAGCUUCCAACCAGAAAUUUCACUAAUGCAAUACAUGUUUAGUACUUACCAACUCUUUAAUAUAAGUCAUCCCAUAUAUUCAACAAAUAAAAGGAGUAUAUUAUUAUGAUCAUAUUUUUGGAUGCUUAUCGUGUAUGUCAAACAGAUUUAAUAAUUUAUUUUGGUUGGUUCAUAAAAUAAUGUAAUGAUAUACUAUGCAUAUUAGUAGAUAUUUAUACAUGCAAUUUUCCACCCUCAUAUAUACAUGUACAUAAUAAUAACACUGUCAUAGAUACAUAUAUGUUUUAGGAAUUUGUCUUGGAUGAUUUAUUACAUUCUCAGAUAUUUCAAAAAAAAAAAUUUAACAUGGUUUCAACAUUGUGAGUUUUAUCAUCACCUGGUCAUUCUUAAUUGUAUGUUUACGAUUGUUUCCAUACUGGUUUUGGCAUGAAUAUUGUUUGGUUUUGUGAAUUUGCUAAGCUCCUAAUUAUGUAUUAAUUGUGUCUCUAUACCAAAAUGUUGCCGCAAAUAAAACAUGAUAAAAUGUAAUGUAGAGAGACCGGAUUUGAAAGAUAUUGGAUUUUUUAAAUCCGCAUACGGUCGUGUAUUUCAAAUAGCAAUAAUAAAGUGUAAAAAAAAAAGAGAAAAGUACAUAUUUUUUCAAAGUAAGUAAUAUAAUUGUCAAAGGAGUCGUUUAUUUAGUCCACUUCAAAUCAAUUGAUAAUGGAAUUCUACUUCCCUGCAUUUUCUUCAACACAAAUUUUAUUCCAAAUUAAGGGAUUUCUUAUUUUGUGGCCUUUUGUCCAACUGAGUCAUAUCCCGAUUGUUAUAAGCGUGGCUAGCGCAUAAUUUUCAUUUUGGUUCAUCUAGAAUUCUAGAUUCAUGGUUAAUGUCUAUCUUUUUCUUAGGAGUCACUCUGGAAACUGUAGGAUCAAACGUGUUUUCAUUUUAAACUAUUUCUUCUAGUGUUGUUUUGUUAAAUUUAUCUUCUCAUUUUUUCUUCCAAAAUAUGCAGUUUUAUAUGUUCACAUUAGUUUCGGUUUUGUUGAAGUACUUACGUCUUAGUUUGUAUAGAUAAAGCAUUUUACUUACUCUAUGAUUAAACUUCUUGGACUUGUUUAGUACAUUCUUGACCAUAUAACAUGUUAAAUUGCGGCGAAAUUACAAAGAAAAAGUGUAACGUUUUAAUGAAUUAUUAUACAAGAUAUAUACAUGGAUGUAUGAGAGCGUCCUUGUGUUGUUCUAACUGAUUCAUUUGGAUUUGUGCCUCUACUAAUGAUGCCCACAGGAAUUUGUUGCCACAUUGUUUAUUGAUUCACAAAUUUUGGCCUAAUAACAUAACUUAUGAAAACCAAGUAUACAUUAUUACCUCUUUAUUUUAAUUAUUUUAAUCAUUUUCAUUAGUUAGAUUAUGAUAUCGACCAACCAAUCAUGAUUAGACAUCAAGGCUUACAAGUCUUGCAAGAAAAGGAUAUAUUUCAGUCUUUCGGGUGUACGUGGCCUCGUGCUGAUAUGCCCAAUCCAUUGGCUGCGAUAAUUCUCUUAUAAAAAUAUAUUAUCUGGUAUUUAAAAGGUUCUUUACAGUUUCCCGUUUCUACUUACCCCGAAUUGGAGACCGAUGUAAAGGAUGUUAAGAAUCAAAAUAUUAUGGAUGCAGAUCAUCACAAUCAGUUGUGUCAGAGGUAGCUUUUUUAUAGGCAGAGAUAUAGCUGGUAAUAAAAUUUUAUUCGUCCAUAAGUAACAAUUUGGCUGUUUUGUACCCAAAAAAAAAACAAUUUGACUGUCUAAGUUUUAGAUAUCAUAGUUUUUCCUAACUUUUGAAACUUGCAAAAAUGAUUCUAUAUUGAAACUAAAGUAAUUAAGGAUUUUUGACUAACUAAAAUAUUUUCAUAUUCUUAGAUACCACAAAUAGAAAGGAAAGAGUAAUAUUAUGUUCAUAAGGUAGCAAGGACUAUUAUUUUAAAGAAGGAUGUGGUUCCCUUAAAGAAAGACAUGUGUGGAGCUAAAACAAAUUAAUUAUUUCUACAUACAUGUCUCAAUUAUAUUCUGUGUGUUUUAUAGUUGCGACUUGUGAGUGUGUAUCAAGUCAUUUACACUUCACUCACUUUGUAGUGACAACACGUGAUGUACGUGCCACCUAAGUUCUUUAUUUAUAAUAAUGUUUAGAUGUCUUCUAAACAAUAUGAAAGCCAUCAAAUUCAGAAUGUGCAUUUUUUUGCUGAAAUUUUAAAUUGAUUAUCAACAAAGAAAAAAAUGUUACAGACAACAACUGAGGUUUAUGCUUUCAAUAUGAAAGAAAAAAAACAUAUGAAAAGAAACAAUGAGGUUGGAGCUUAAGAAUUACUGGUCCUGCCAAGCCAAUGUUGCAUCAUGGUACUAUAAAACGCUGGCUUACGGUUCCUUAGUGAAGAAAUCCUGUUCCUGAUAGCCAUCAAAUUCAGAAUGUGCAUAUUAGUAGAUAUUCCUAUUUGGUUUUUGUGGCAAUGCAGAAUAUCAGAAUUUUCAUAUACCAUCAUCUAAGCGAUCGUUAUGUUCAGUUUCGUAUUAUAUGGUUUUGGUUGAAGUUUAAUGUAAUGCAAUUAUUUGAGAAAAAAAGUUAACUAGGCGAUCGUGAUUCGUGUAUAUGAAUAAACCGCUUGUUAUACCUAUAUCUUAAAGAUUAAACCAUUGGGUUUGAUAAGCAAAACGAGUUGACAUAUUGCCAAGUUGACAAGCUGAUGCAUUAGUAAUUAGUUAGGCGUCGUAUGCUUGUAGCUUUGAAUUUUGUACUUAAAUGUACAAGAAACUGUAGUGAAUGAUAUUUAACUAAUUACAACAAUUAAUAUAGUUGCUUCGAGCGUGGCUGCGGAGGCCGGAAGGUAUUUUUAGAGAGUGGUUCUGUUUUUAAUAAUUAUCGAUUAAUAUCGUGUAUUACGUUAUAUACGUUUGUCGGAAUAAGCCAGGCUAAGGUAAAAUGUUUUUUAAAAGAAUCAUCAGCUCUGCAAAGAGCCUAGCAAGCCAACAAUCCGCCACUACGUAUAUAAAUUCCUAUUAACUUAACAUGAAUCACAAUCAUUUUAAAUACAAAAUUAGAGGAAUCAAAAAUUAUAAAAUAAAGUUUUUUUCAAAAAAAAAUUAAUUAUAUAAUAAAGUUUUUUCAUGCAAUUUUUUCCAACUACUAUAAAGACUCUUUGUCUUAUUUCGUAAUAGUUUAUGUUUUUAAUUUGAAAGAUGUUAGUCCCAAAAAGAAUUAUAUAAUAAAUUAUAGGUAUUCAAUUUUAUAAUUUUCUUAAAAUGUGAAAUAUCCCUCGUUAAUAAACUAAUUCAAUAUAUUGAUUUUGCAAAAUAUUUAGGAUCGAACUUGAAAUCUCACCGGUAGUUUCCCUUUUAUGCAUCGUCAAUAUUAAAACAUAAAAAGAGUGAGUUUGAGUUUUUAAAAAGUUUACAAACAGAAUUCGAACGUAUUUAAUAAUAAAUAAAUAAAACACAGUUCCUAUAUUACGGCUGUAUAGUCCCUUCUUCGCACUUGUUCCAAAUAAUUUUAAAAAUAAAAACAAAAAUUGAAAACUAUCAUCUUUUCUCUUCUAUAAAACCCACAACUUCUUACUUUCUUGUGCAUCCAUAACUCAUCCUUUCUCUAUCUACAAAUAACUCCAAAAAUAUCAAUCUCUCUCUCUUCACAAAACCACAUAAAAAGGGUAGAAAGUCUCAAUCUCUUAGCUCAAGAAUCUCCUUUUUGUGGGUCUCUUCUGUUCAUCAAUGGAUGAGAAAGGAAGAAGCUUCAAGAACAACAACAUGGAAGACGAAAUGGACCUGAAGAGAGGUCCAUGGACAGCUGAAGAAGACUUUAAGCUCACCAAUUACAUUGCUACUCAUGGAGAAGGUCGAUGGAACUCUCUUUCUCGUUGUGCAGGACUCCAACGAACUGGUAAAAGCUGUAGACUACGGUGGUUAAACUAUCUCCGCCCUGACGUCCGCCGUGGAAACAUUACCCUCGAAGAACAACUCUUGAUCCUCGAACUUCAUUCCCGUUGGGGAAAUCGAUGGUCAAAAAUCGCCCAGUAUCUACCGGGAAGAACAGACAAUGAGAUCAAGAACUAUUGGAGAACGCGAGUGCAAAAACAUGCAAAACAGCUUAAAUGCGAUGUCAACAGCCAACAAUUCAAAGACACGAUGAAGUAUAUGUGGAUGCCUCGGCUUGUCGAGAGGAUCCAAUCUGCCGCCGCAUCAUUAACCUCGACCACAGGAUCAGCCACUACGUCAUCAUGCAUCACAACUUCCAACAAUGAAUUCAUGACGUAUGAUUACAACAAUAACAACUUCAUCGGAGAACGACUUGGUGUAAUGAACAACAACGAUUAUAUCACGCCGGAAAACUCCAGCGUGGCAGUGUCUCCGGUGUCAGACUUGACGGAUUACUACAACGCUCCAAAACCGAACCCGGAUCAGAAUUUGGUGGGUCCACAAAUGUUACCGGAUAAUUAUUUCGAUUAUUCUGGAUUACUAGACGAAGAUUUAACAGCUACGCAUGAGCAGAGUAACCUCGACUGGUUUGAAAAUAUUGAUGAAGUUGUUUCUUCUUCUUCAGAGAGUUUAUGGAACAUUGGAGAAAGUGAUGAAGACUUCUGGUUUUGUCAGCAGCAACAACAGUUCAACAAUAAUAACGACUUCUGAAUACAAAUUAAAACACACUAGAGUCUUUUAAGUAUGUAAAAGGUAUUUGUUCAAGGGAGUAAUUAAGGAUAAGGACUGUGUUUACGAUAAUUAAUUAUGAUAUAUGAUCAGCUUUUUUAUUCCAAGCUUGAUCAUAUACCAUGGGCGUUUAACAAAUCGCUUAAUUUGAUUAGUUUUUUUUUGGGGUGGGGAUUGUAAUGAUAUUUUCUGGAUAACUCAUAAGUAUGGAUGAAGAUUAUUUUAUGAUUUA